UUUUGUUUCAGUGCGAAGUAAAUUGAGAGAGCUAGUGGGAGCAUCCACCAAUUGGAGAGACCAUGUGCAAGCAAUGAAUGAAAGAAAAGCCUUACACACACUUCUUGCUAAAACCCAGGGUGACCUUCCUCCUAGGAAAAUGAAAGACAGCUAUAUAGAAGUUAUCUUGCCUUUAGGAAGUGAGCCCGAAAUAAGAGAAAAAUAUCUCAAUAUGCAAAACACUGUCAGAUUUGGUCGACUACUUGAAGACCUUGACAGCUUAGGAGUUCUUAUUUGUUAUACUCACACAAAAAAUGAAGCUACUCUGAGAUCUCCUUUAUCAAUUGUUACAGCACUUGUGGAUAAAAUUGGUUUAUGGAAGCAGCAUAUUCAUCCGGAUUGUGAUAUCAAGUUCACCGGGAAUGUUUCCUGGGUUGGAAAAACUUCAAUGGAAGUGAAGAUACACAUGCUUCAGUUACUUGAUGGAGGAAUCUAUUGCCCUGUGUUAGAUGCAACUUUUGUCAUGGUGGCCCGUGAUCCAGAAAAUAAAAGACCAGCAUUUGUCAAUCCAUUAAUUGUUGAAACCCCAGAGGAGGAAAAAAUCUUCAAUGAAGGAGAAAAGAACAAGAUCAGGCGACUUGAAUCUAGUAGGGCUUCUUUACUGAAGGUUGCUCCUACUGCAGAUGAAAGAAAUAUUAUCCAUAAUAUGUUCCUGAAUACUCUGGAUUCAAGGACAGUAAGUUUUCGUAGUCGGGUAUUGCUACCCAAUUCUGUAUGGAUGGAAGACACAAAAUUAAAGGGUUUGGAGAUCUGCCAUCCACAGGAACGUAACAUUUUCAACAGAAUCUUUGGAGGCUUUCUCAUGAGAAAAGCAUAUGAACUUGGAUGGGCUACUGCCUACAGCUAUGGAAACUCCAGACCUUAUGUGGUAGCUGUAGAUGAUAUUAUGUUUCAAAAACCAGUUGAAAUUGGAUCCUUACUAUUACUCUCUUCCCAGGUAUGUUAUACUGAAAAAAAUAAUAUCCAGGUUCGGGUGCAUAGUGAAGUGUAUGAUCCAGACACCAGAGUACACCAUACAACCAAUGUCUUCCAUUUCACAUUUAUGAUAGAGAAGGAAAUACCAGAUGUUGUUCCCAAGACAUACGGUGAAUCUAUGUUGUAUUUGGAUGGAAAACGGCACUUUGAUUCAGUUAUGAAAGAAAACACAACAUAGGAUCUGCAUAGAAUUAUAGCUUUGGAUGACCUUGGAAACUUCAAACAUAGUGGUUAUCA